GAUGCUGCUCUGCUGCUCCCUCUUGACGGUACUGCUCAUUGCUGUGACGGCGUCGGCAUUGCCCAACACGCUGCCUGGCUGCCCAGCGAGAUGCGGCGACGUUCGCAUUCCCUACCCAUUCGGCAUCGGCCCGGACUGCUCCCUUCCUGGCUUCAACCUCAGCUGCAAUAAGGACAAUGCCACUGGCGUCAAAAAACCUUACAUCUACAACGUCGAGCUCAUCAACAUAGACUUGCUGGAAGCCCAGGCUCGGAUCUACUAUCCAAUGUCCUGGCAAUGCUACAAUGCCACAUCCCACAAUGUGUCGUAUUACAUGUGGAGUCUAGAUUUCAUCGGAGACCCAUACCGGUUCUCCGACGACAAAAACAAGUUCUUCGUUGUUGGCUGCGACACCCUCGCGUACUUCAAUGGGAAGAACCAGAAAGACAGCUACUCGGGUGGAUGCGUGUUGCGCUGUAACAGCGCUGAGAGCCUGACAAACGGGUCAUGCUCCGGCAUCGGCUGCUGCCAGACCACCAUCCCCAAGGGAAUCAACUAUUAUGAAGUGACCUUCGAUGGCAACUUCAACAACUCCCGGGUGGGGAAAUUCAAUCCCUGCAGCUACGCCGUUCUGGCCGAAGUGAACUGGUUCAAUUUCACCACGGCUUACGUCACUACCAGCGAGCUCAAUGAGACGAACGGAGGGCGGGCGCCUGCGGUGCUGGACUGGGCCAUCGGCAACGAGACAUGUGAGGUCGCGCAGCGCAACACAACCUCCUAUGGGUGCCGCAGCGAGCACAGUGACUGCUUUAACUCCUCCAAUGGCCCAGGAUAUCUUUGCAACUGCUCCAGGGGCUACGAAGGCAACCCCUAUCUUCCCGAUGGAUGCCAAGAUAUUGACGAGUGCGCUCUCAAGUAUCCAUGCAAUGGGACUUGCACCAACAUACCUGGGGAUUACAUUUGUACAUGUCCACCAGGCACGAAAGGCGACGCGAAAAAAGGAACCUGCACUCCCGACCACGGAAGCCGCAUCUCAUCAGUGAAAUUGGUUAUAGGCAUUGUCACAAGCACCAGCUUGGCCCUUCUACUCUUACUAUGCAUUGUCGUUUCCAUGGUAUAUGAUAGAAGAAAACUUUUGAGGAUAAACGAGGAAUACUUCCGGCAACAUGGAGGGCGGUUGCUGCUAGAAGAGAUAAAGUCGAAGCAAGGUCUUGCAUUUAAAGUAUUUACGAAAGAAGAGCUAGAGCAAGCAACAAACAACUUUGACAAGAACCGAAUUCUUGGAGGUGGAGGCCAUGGAACUGUCUAUAAGGGAAUACUGAAUGACAAUCAUACAGUUGCCGUAAAAAAAUCAAAAAUAAUUGAUGAUCACCAAAAGAACGAAUUUGGGAAGGAGAUGGUUAUUCUUUCUCAGAUCAACCAUAAGAAUGUGGUGAAGCUCUUGGGAUGCUGUCUAGAGGUGGAAGUCCCUAUGCUGGUUUAUGAAUUUGUCUCCAAUGGAACCUUAUUCCAAUUAAUUCAUAACAGGAAUAGGACAUCCCAUAUUUCAUUGGAUACCCGUUUGGAGAUUGCUUCACAGUCCGCAGAAGCCCUUGCAUAUCUACAUUCAUCAGCAUCCCCUCCAAUUAUUCAUGGAGAUGUCAAGUCUUCCAACAUACUUUUAGAUGACAAUCACAAUGCAAAGGUGUCGGAUUUUGGAGCUUCGAUGUUGGUGCCAAAGGAUGAAACUCAGUUUGCUACACUAGUUCAGGGGACUUGCGGUUAUUUGGAUCCUGAAUACCUACAAACAUGCCAAUUAACCAAUAAAAGUGAUGUUUAUAGUUUUGGUGUUGUUCUUUUGGAGCUCCUCACUGGAAAGAAGGCAGUUUAUGAGGAAAUGGAGUUGGUACAAGAAGUGGCUGAGCUAGCAAGGCGAUGCCUCAAUGUUAGGGGUGAAGAUAGGCCUAUAAUGAAGGAGGUUGCCGAUGACCUAGAUCGGUUAAGAAAAUUCAAGCAGCAUCCAUUUUUACAGCAUAAUACGGAAGAGAUUGAGAGCUUGCUUGGUGAGCCAUCAAGUUACACUAAAAAUGGAAUCUCUGGUUGCUACAGUUUAGAAAAAAAAGGAACGAUGGAUAUAGAAUGUGGAAGAUGAUCUUUAUUUUUCGAAGAAGAGUUGGAGGAUGAUCGUAUUGCAUAGAAUAAUACAACUUUCUACCCCUAUGUAUGUAUUAGAAUUAUGAUGUUGAUUUAUAUGUACUUGUGCAUG